AUGCCGCCCAAGCAAGGAGCCACCCUCUUCCUACUAGUUCACUUUGUGGUCAAAGCAUCCGUCAACCGUAUUAUUCGCAGUUUCUCAGUGACAGAAGAUUUUGAACCAGGCGGACAUCCCUUCCACUUUGCUCAGAUGGACUUUGACACACGGACGGCCCUAGAGAACAUUUGGAAACAACUCGACUUCGCGUAUCGACCCAACUUUGACCCUCUCGCCGCCGUCUUUUCUCUCUACAAAUGUGCCAAGCUUCCGGGAGCUAGUGGAUGGGAGAACUACGUCGCCAUCUUCCAAUGCAGUGGCGCAAAGCCCCUCAGGCAGGACCCAAGACAACCCUGGAUACUAUGUCAUCUCUCAAAAGACGCAUCCACAGGACAUAUCAUGCUCAAACAUCAAUUCAUGAUAGCUCGAGAUUAUGAUCUCGGUGCACUCCCGGCGUCUUACGAUUGGCUAGAUGGAGACUGGAGAAAGGCUGUCAAGGAUCAACUAGCGAGGGUCAACAAUUUCGAAGAAGAUGCCUCCAAGCACCCAUGGGCGUUGAAAAAAAUGUAUAGAACAGUGCACAACAAGGCCGGCAGCAGUUCGAAACAGAUACUAGAGGGUAUCUCGCUCAUUGUUGAGUGGCAAGGCUGCGAACCGGUGUCGAUAGAAGCAAUAUAG